AACCUCGCUGUAUCUUAAUUAGGGUUUUGCUUCACGCAGAAAGAAACCAUGGAGGAGCCACCAAAACCCACUUCUUGCUGGAGCAACAUCGUGAAACAACCACCACCACCGCAAAACCCUAACAACAACCACCAUGAUCCGUCGCAAUCCAUCGCCACAGCUCUCGUGGGCAGCUGCAAGUCGACCAAAGGCAUCGCCGUCGCUGUGGUGGACGCAAACGCCAUUAUACAAGGCGGCGAACAGCUUCACAACGCGGCUGAUAAGUUUGUUUCUGUUUCUGAAGUGAUUCAGGAAAUUCGCGACCCGACUUCGCGCCACCGGCUCAAUUUUAUGCCGUUUGUUAUUGAUACCAUGGAACCGUCGCCUGAAUCGCUUAAGAAAGUCAUUAGCUUUGCAAAGGCAACCGGAGAUUUACAAACGCUUUCAGACGUUGAUCUUAAACUUAUCGCUUUAACUUACACCCUGGAAGCUCAAAUUCACGGAACUAGCCAUCUUCGAGACACCCCGCCACCUAUUCGCACGGUUAACGUAAAACGACUACCCGAGAAAGACUUACCCGGAUGGGGGUCCAAUGUUCCCAACUUGGCCCAAUGGGAAGCAUUAGAACACGCAGUGGGGGAUGGUUCCGGGCUCGAGUCGAGAAUCCUCCCGUUGAAAGAUCUGAACAUGAAUGUUAUCGUUCCUGGUGAUAACGGUGAUAAGGAUCGGGAUAAUGAGGAUUCUGCAUCGGCAAACGGAUCUGAAGUGCAUGAUAACGGCGCGUUUGGAAAGCCGCGAAAGUUUUUACCAAAAAAGAAAGAAGUUGUGAUUGACGGGAAGAAGAUGGUGGCGGCGGGAAUCGAUGCGUCGCAAGGGCAAGUUGAUGAUGAUAACGCGGAUGAUUGGCUUCCGGCUGUGAGUCGAAGCACUCAUCGGCGAUUUUUGCGGAGGAAAGCUCGACGUGAACAGUACGAAUCGUCUGAAAAAGACGUUCAAGAUGACGGAAAUGAAGAAAGUGUUGAUGAUGCGAAAGUGCCGGAUCUGAUUUACGAAAAUUCGGACGAGUUAUGUGAUGGUGAAAAAGUGACUGAAGAUAUUGCAACGGUUUUGGAUCAAAUGAGGAUUCAAGAAGACGGUGAAGGAAACGAGAUUGAAAACGUGGAACAGUUGGAUACGACUAGUGUGGCGAGCGAAAGCGUUGAUACGUCUUCGUACGUGGAUGAUGCUAGUAGCGAGCAAAGCUGGAUGUUACGAUCACUUUCUGAGUCAAGUGUAGCUUGUGUUACGGGUGAUUUUGCGAUGCAGAAUGUUAUUCUACAGAUGGGUUUACGCCUAGUGGCACCAGGCGGAAUGCAAAUACGCGAGUUGCACAGGUGGAUAUUGAAAUGUCAUGCUUGUUUCAAGGUCACAAUGGAAAUUGGUAAGAUUUUCUGUCCAAGUUGUGGGAAUGGAGGUACUUUACGGAAAGUAGCGGUUACUGUCGGUGAAAACGGAGCUAUUAUUGCAGCCCGUCGCCCUCGUGUAUCUUUGAGAGGAACAAAGUUUUCAUUGCCUCUCCCACAAGGAGGAAGAGAUGCGAUAACCAAGAACCCUAUUUUACGCGAGGAUCAACUUCCGCAAAAGUUUUUGCAUCCCAAGACGAAAAAGAAGAAUAAAGAGGUGGAUGACAUAUUUGCUACAAAUGAAAUGUUUACUCACCAUUCUGACAAGAGGGCGCCUCUGCAACCACCGGUAAGGAAAGCCUUAGCGGUUUUCAGUGGCAAGAGGAACCCGAAUGAUAAUCACUAUUCGCGUGCUAAGCAUUAGAGCUGUCUUCAUGCAUUUGUAACUUUUUAUUUAUGUGUUAUUUUUACUUGGUCAAGUGAGUGCAAUUUUGGUUUUAUUUCUCUUUGUUUGAUUACCUUAAUAGAAGUCACUUGUAAGAAGUUUCUACACAAUUUUGACUUUUGAUUAUGAAUUGAACCUAUGUUAUAAGCUGGUAAAUUUCCAAAAA